AUGGCUCUCAUAGAGCGAGUAUGGCACGCCUGCGUCAGUAUAGUCGCAUGGCUAACAAUGUGGCCCACCUCCACUCACUCCCCCUACCAACAUCCUCUCCGCCCCAAUCAUCCUCACACUCACAUUGAAGAUCCCAGCCCUGGCUUUCCGAUCUUCAACCCGCCACCCGGGGAUCAUGAAUUCCUGUGUGAAUACCCAGAAAUGACGGGUUUCGUUCAAUGUUCCAUCCCUGAAAAUCGAGAAUGUUGGCUUAGACAUCCUGAUGGACGAGAGUUCAACAUUCAUACUAAUUAUGAGAACUUUGCACCGAAGGGUAUUGUGAGGAAUUAUACGCUUAAUAUUACGGAGAGUUGGUAUAAUGCUGAUGGGCAGAAUUUUACGGAGGCCAAGUUGUUUAAUGGGGAGUAUCCUGGGCCUUGGCUUGAGGCUUGUUGGGGUGACACAUUCAACAUUACGGUGAUCAAUAGUAUGAAACGAAAUGGCACCAGUAUUCAUUGGCAUGGUAUUAGGCAGAACCAGACCAUGGACAUGGACGGUGUCAACGGCAUUACUCAGUGUCCUAUUGCACCAGGGGAGAGCUUCAGCUAUAUCUUUAAGACAACUCAGUACGGGACGUCUUGGUAUCAUAGUCACUACUCUGUGCAGUAUGCAGAUGGUCUCCAAGGCCCGAUCACCAUCCAUGGUCCGCAAUCCGCUCCUUAUGAUGCUACCAAGCGGCCACUGAUCAUGACGGAUUGGUCUCACGAGAGCGCUUUCAGAUUGUUAUUCCCCGGCUCUCAGUUCUCCAACAAGACCAUUCUUCUCAAUGGCGCAGGCAACGUCUCUCACUACGGCUACACUCCCACCCUUCCCAUCCCCCCAAAUUACGAAUUAUACUUCAACAAGACGCCAACAGACAGACCGCGACGUCCAAAAAGAUACUUGCUUCGACUCAUCAACACUUCAUUUGACUCAACACUCGUCUUCUCAAUUGACAAUCACUGGCUUCAGAUUGUCACUUCAGACUUCGUUCCUAUUGAGCCGUACUUCAACACGUCAGUCUUGAUUGGUAUCGGUCAACGGUACAAUGUCAUUGUUGAGGCUAAUCCUCUAGCCGGCGAUGUCAACGAAGUCCCAGAGGAUGGAAACUUCUGGAUCAGAACUUGGGUCGCUGAUGCAUGUGGCGUAGCCCCAGGAGGUGAAGGCUAUGAAAAGACCGGUAUCUUACGAUAUAACCACUCUGACAAAGCUCUUCCAUCUUCUCAACCUUGGGUCAACAUCAGCAAAGCUUGCUCUGAUGAGACAUAUACAUCCCUUCGACCAAAGAUACCAUGGUAUAUCGGUCCCGCUGCCAAUGCUCAAGCAGCGGAUCAGAACGGUGAACGGUUUAAUGUCACCUUUGAUCCGAAUGCCAAGAACACGCCUGAGUUUCAGGAAGAGUAUCCGGUUGCUACGUUUGGUCUUCAGAGACCUGGUCAGAACUUUAGACCACUACAGAUUAAUUACUCUGAUCCGGUUAUGUUCCACUUGGAUGAACCGAGGGAUACAUAUCCGCCGAAGUGGGUGGUGAUUCCUGAAGAUUAUACUGAGAAAGAAUGGGUCUACUUUGUCCUUACGAUAGAAGGCCUCAGUGCCCGCACCAACGCUCAUCCAAUCCACCUCCACGGCCAUGACUUUGCAAUUCUCCAACAAGAAGAGAACCAGACCUACGACCCAAGUAGACUCAACUUGAAGCUUGACAACCCACCAAGACGUGAUGUCGUUCUUCUCCCACGCAGCGGUUUCGUCGUGAUUGCUUUCAAGGCAGACAAUCCAGGUAUCUGGUUGAUGCACUGCCACAUCGCCCGUCAUGCCUCUGAAGGCCUGGCGAUGCAGGUUCUUGAGAGACAGGGAGAUGCGAAUAAACUAUUCCCCGUGGGUUCACCAAAUAUGAUUGAGGCGGAGAGGGUUUGUAAGGAUUGGAAGACGUGGCAGGCUGGGGAGAAAGAUUUCUUUGAGGGUGACUCUGGUAUCUAA